AUGGCAGUUAAUUACUAUGCUGACGAUAGGUUUAUUGAAGUACUAAAGGAGCAGGAACGUGCGAAAAAUCCACAUAGGAAUUUUUUGAAGGACACUAUAGCUCAUGAUGCCAAGUACCAGUCUCCAUUUAGAAGAAAUAUCAAUCCUAACUAUUUGAACUACAUAAGAGAACAUAAGAAUGCUAAAUACACCAUUACAAAUCCAAAUUCUGAUUUUAAUAAAUUGAAUUUGAACACUGUUGGUUACAAGACAAUUCCUACAGACAGGAAAAGUCGUAAAAUUGCAAAAGAUAUCGAUUUUCCAAGAAGUUUGAGAGAGAAUGAAGAAGCUCAGACAAAUUUCUUGAAUGAACUCAAGACGAAGGAAAAUAACUUGAAAUUUCUCAAAGAUUCACAGAAUCUUGUUUAUAUCGAUGAAGAUGAUAUUUCUUAUGAAGGUGACAGCAAAUACAAGAUAAUCGAAAAACCUAUCAAUAUCUACUCCGUCCCCAAGAUACCUUCAUAUGUAUUUACCAAAGUUCCUGGUAAUAAAAAGAAAGAAUUAAAGAAUUCUUUAGCUACACCACAGAAUAAAGAGCAAGUCAUCGUAUUACGUAAAAAAGAUGGACUACUGUACUAUUUCUCUAAGGAGGUCUUUGACAAUAUUCAAUAUGAGAACAAAAUUCAUCAUGAUAAACUUAAGAAAUUAAAUGCAAAAGGUGACGAGAGACAUGCUUCUAAAAUCAAUGAAUAUGAUACGCAAGUUUCAAAUUUAAAUACUAAAAUUGAUAUUGAAAAUGAGAAAAUCAGAAAAUUGAACUCAAAGAUAUCACACUUCAAGGACUUUUCUGAUUUCAAGUCAACUAAGAAUUACCUGUUCAAGAUGACUGAAUAUAAUAAUACAAAAACCAGACUUUAUGGUGAAAUUGAAGCUAUUAAGAACCAACGCAAUCAAUUAGAGCAAAAUCAACCUGUCGCAGUGAAACCUAAGAAAGUUGAUGAGCCAAUCAACAGGCGGAGCAAACUAUACGAAAUCAAAACUGAUGACGUAGAAGAAGGUGGUAAUCUUUCUGUAAAAGAAGAAGAAGAAGAAGAAGAGUUUGUUGUUGUCUAG